UGGGUGUUACAAAUUUAGUCUACCAGGCUUGUGGCAUAAAAAUUACUUCAGAGUCACUUAAAUUUCCUACCGACUAUUGGACACCAUAUAAUUUAUUGGUAGUGUUAGUUAUUUUGUCUCGGCUACUACUCAGCUUUUCCUAGAGGUUGUAUAAAUACUUGCUGCACAUACCAGUCAAUAUGUAUUUUAAGACGUUUUCUAAAGGUUUAAGCUUGAGUGCGCUACACCAAACCACAGCACACACCACAACACGACACCUCACACCAUACACCGCACAACAAUGCGCCGCACCGAAACACUCGUGCAGCACAUCAAUUGCGAACUUAUUCUUUUUUAUUAUCCACUAUUCCUUACACAUAGUAUUCCUCAACCUUUAAGCCGCAUGAUAACAAGAUGGCCAAGAAUGACGGAGCAGAGUAUAAAUGUUGCAAUGGGUGACUGCUAAAAUCCAGUGACGACUCGCCGCCAUCAAUUCAGUCUUUGCCGAGAUUUUAUCGUGUGCGAGUGGUUUUUUGUGGCGUUUGCGCAGUCUGCACACUUCUAGCCGGUCCACAGUGUAUUUUUUGGCAGCGGCACUAGUGCUUCACAUAGUGUCUGAUAUAGCAGAACAAUACUUAUGUACACACACACGUACAGUCAUAUUGGCCGAGUAGUUGCAUUUAAAUAAAUUCAUUGGCGUUCAGAAGCUUCAAGCUGCUGCCGCUGUAGUCGAUCACGUUCAUUCCGUUGCCAUUUGACCGCUCGGAGGCGACUUUUCGCGUGCGUUUUGUGCGGUGCUUUGGAAAACAAUUGACUGCCCCGCCAUUCAAAUAUGAACUCGGUACUGUUGGCUUAAGAACAUGCAAUAACUGUCUGCAGGCAGAAAAACAAUUAAAUAAAGAAAAUAUAAAUUAUAACAAUUAGUGCAACGGGUUGUGACUGUUAAUUUUUGUAAUUUUUAUACAAAAAAAUUAAUUAUUUUUAAUCAACAAUUCAUAACAACCUAAUGUGUUAAAAAAAAUAAUUUUUUUAAAUUAAUUUUUCAUAAAAAUUAAUUGUAAAACUUUUUUAUUGAAAAAGGUUGCGUAGCGCCAAAUAUAUUAUUCCGUAUUUAUUUUAAUCGGUGUGCAUGAGUGCGUGCUUUUGUGCGGCAACAAUAACAAAUAAAUUCAUUUGACCACAAUAGACAAAUUUGCUGUCUGAUAACUUCAUCACGUGUGCCAAGACUUGUGCGGUGUGGAAUAGACUGUAAUACACACAUACAUACAUAUGUACAUAUGUUAUUUGUAAAAGAGUUCGUUCAACUUAGCUGAUGAAAAUGUUGCAAGUUAACAUAUUUGUUGCAAGCUUAUGCUGUCUAGCAUUUCUCAACAAUUUCGCACAAUGUGAAACUGAUGUAAACGGCAGUAAGAGAGAUGAAAUCAAAAAACCGACUCAACCAGCAGCAUAUGUACUCCAAAAUUGGUUUACUAAAGACAAAAGUAAAUUGCGAUUAAGAAGCAAUUCUAAGGAGACGAAAAAUAAUGGAUUAGCACGUCUUUAUGGACAUCAAUCGAUGGAGCGACGGUUUAACGCCGAUACUGUUCUAUCCCAUGACUCGGCUACUUCUAAAACGUUGCCCAAAAACUCGCAUUCAUUAAAUAAGAAGAUGCUGAAAAAACUUGGUUUUACCAAAGUGAAAGCCCCCAACAGCCACCAUAGAAAGCGUCUAGCUGUGGAAUCAAGACGUCACUCGUCUCCAGAUGAUUCGCAUAUGUUCAUUAUAAAACUGCCACCGAAUUUUGUUUAUUACACAAAUCCAAAAGGUGAAGCCAAUAGCAUAACUGACAACUCACAAAAAACCAAUGUGUCGACAUUUCCGUUUAACUCUAAUGGCAAACCGGGACGCAUCUACCACUGGAAUCUGCCUGUGUUGCAGAAGAUUCUCGGAAACAAACAGCCACUACCACUCACUGAUGUGAACGGCAAAAAAUAUGUUAUCAACUUCAAGAGAUUUUCACAUUUUCAAAAACCCUGGGAAAAUGACAGCAUCGAAAAGUCUUAUAAAUCGAAUUAUAAAAAGUCUCUGAAGCAUAAAUCACCCUCAUAUUAUGCGCCCACUGCAGCAGUUAAGAAAAACAGUUUUAACCGGUAUUUUUCGGGCAACGGAAAGCCGAAGGGCUUCUAUGUAAUAAAGGAAAACCAACAUAGAGCUAUAAAUUAUAAGAAUAUAGUGUUAUAAAGAUAAUAAUAUUUUUGUUAUUUUUGUAUUGUGUUUGAACCAAGCUGCAAUAUUUGAGGAAUAAUGGUUCAAUUGUGUACAACAUCCUGGUCACAAAGGCAUAAGUACACAUGCAUAUGCAUAUUUGAAGCGUUAUAAACUACGAAUAAGAUAGCAACAACAAUAAGUUAAAAAUUAAGUAAUGCACAAAAAGUUCCAUAUCGAAUUUAUUGUACUUUAUUAGAUAAGGAAUUCGGUGGCGGUAUUUCUUUUCCAAACACAAUGGAAAAUCACUUUGCUCCUUAAAAAGUUUUAGACGCAUCUACUUUAGAUUUAUUUUCCUAAAUAUCAAAAGAGACUGACUAAUGAAUUGCACUGGAGAACUUCUUAAAGAACUGGUAAUUACUAUUUUAUUCUUACUUCGUAAAUGGUAUAUUAAGCUUCUAGUUAAAAAUAAAAUUUAAAAAUUCAUUAUUUUAGUAAGCAAACGC